CUCUUCUUCUGCUUUUCCUGUCUCCUUAGAAUAGUUUAAUCUAUUCCCAAGUCCUGAGUCAAGCACCCAUAUCUGGCCAUAGACUCUUGCCCGCCUCUUCUUCAAACCCGACAACAUGGCUGCUGUCGACGAGAAGAGCGUCGGCCUCGGCCGCUCACCGAGCGACAGCGACAUGGCCGAUGGUCAGGUCAUCGGUGUCGAUCGCGAUGCUGAUGUCGUGGCCAAGUAUGGAGAGACUCAUCGUGGUCUCAGCCCUCGCCACGUGCAGCUCAUGGCCAUUGGAGGCUCUAUCGGCACUGGACUUUGGGUUGGUAUCGGUGGAGUGCUCUCGAAAGCAGGCCCUCUCUCGCUCCUUCUUGGCUACGCCUUCUGGGGUCUCCUCUACAUCUGGCCUCUCAACCUGUGCGUUGCCGAGAUGUGCGCCUACCUGCCCGUCCGCGGUACAAUCUUUGAGCUCGCCCGCCGCUUCGUCGACCCUGCCCUCGGCUUCGCCAUGGGUUGGACCUACUUCUUCGCCGGCGUGAUGCUGGUCUGUACCGAAUACUCCGCCGUCGCCACCAUCAUGCAGUACUGGAACCAGGACAUCAACCCCGCCGUCUGGAUCGCCAUGGCAAUGGUCUUGUGCAUCAUGCUCAACGUCGUGGCUGUCAAGUGGUACGGCGAGAGCGAGUUCAUUAUGGCUUCAACAAAGAUCCUGUUGCUGUUCGGCCUCAUCAUCCUCACGAUCAUCACCAUGGCCGGUGGGAACCCGCAGCACGACGCCUACGGCUUUAGAAACUGGGGCGACGGCAACUACAUACAUUCGUACCUGGCCCCUGGAGAUGCUGGGAGAUUCCUCGGCUGGUGGAAGGUCGUCAUCUAUGCUGCUUUCACAAUUGCCGGUCCGGAUAUGAUCGCCCUGGCCGCGGGCGAGAUUGUGAACCCCAGGCGCACCAUCCCCCGUGUAGCCAGGCUCAUCUUCUACCGUCUUGUCGGAUUCUACUUCAUCGGUGUCCUCUGCGUUGGCAUCAUCUGCAGCUCCAGGGAUCCUAGACUCAUGGGGGCAUUGGCCAGCGGCGCUUCUGGCGCUGCUGCCAGUCCUUGGGUCAUUGGAAUCGAGAACCUUGGCAUCCGUGUGCUUCCUCACAUCAUCAACGCCGCUAUUAUGCUUUCCGGAUGGUCUUGCGGUAACGCCUACCUCUAUGCUGCCUCGCGCACGCUCUACGGCUUGGCGCGCGACAACCAGGCACCCAAGUUCCUGCUCUACUGCACCAAGCAGGGUGUGCCGCUGUACUGUGUGUUGACCGUGUCGGUCAUCUCAUGCAUCACGUUCCUCGUCUCGUCCAACUCGGCCGUCGAGGUCUUCUUCUGGUUCGUCGACCUGACGACGACGGCGCUCAUCAUGACCUACACCAUGAUGGUGAUCACCUUCCUCGGCUUCUACCGCGCCCGCAACGCCCAGGGGCUGGACCCGCAGACGCUGCCGUACCUCGCCCCCUUCGCCCCUUACUCGGCCUACCUGGCCCUGUUCCUCGGCUGCGUCGCCAUCUUGUUCGUCGGCUUCGAUUCGUUUGGACCUUUUGACGUGCGCUCGUUCAUCACGUCAUACUUUGGCCUCGCGUUCGGCGUCUUCAUGUACGUCUUUUGGAAGGUCUUCAAGAGGACCAAGGCGGUCGACCCCAUGGAGGCGGAUCUCUACUCGGGCAAGAAGGAGGUCGACGAGGAGUGCAGGCACUGGGAAGAGGGUGGAAUCGAGGAGGUGGAGAGGGCAAGGUUGGCCCAGAUGAGUUUUGCGAGAAGGUGCUGGGAAAGGCUGUGGUAGAAGAAAGAUGUCUUUUUUUGUUUGGGCGACUAAGAGAGGCAGACGUUACAUUUCUUUCACUUGCGCCUUUUCUUUUUUUUUUUUUUUUUAACGUUUUAAAGUAAUUUAUAUUGCAGAC